AUGGCGACUCGAUUAGAGCGACUGAUUUCCUUGCUUGAUGUUGGCUCAACGCCUGUUGUUCGAGCAACAGCAGCUCAACAAAUAGGAGACAUUCAGCGUCAGCAUCCUGAAGAUCUAUACAAUCUACUUGCUAGAGUACUAGUCCAUCUCCGCAGCUCAUCAUGGGAAACCCGCGUCGCAGCAUCUCAAGCAAUACACGCUAUAGCUCGUAACGUCCCGUCUUGGGAACCUCCUGAAGUCAUCCAACCUCAAACCAACACCACCUCAGACGAUGAUUCAUAUGACGAUUUCCUCAAAUUCGAAACUGUAGAUCUCGACAUUGUAAUCCGCAAUGGCGCUACACUUGUUUCGUCCGCUGGAUCAGAGUUUGAUCGUGAUGAAGAAGCAUUGGGGAAUAUGGAUCCGAAAGAACGAAUUGCAUUACAGAAGAGACAGUUGAUGGAUAAGUUGGGGUUGGGAGCGGGGUUUAUGGAUGUGGAUCUUUUUGAUGAGACUGAUAUAGGUGGGAGAUCUGCUGUAAGGAAGGGUAUGAAUCCGAAAGAGAUGCUGCAAGCUAGUGUGAAGGCUCAACCAAAAGACAGUCUGGCAGAUGUUGACACUAGCACGUUGAGCAAACGUGAGCUUCUUGCUCUCAAGAGGAAGGCUAAGGUUGAAGCUAAGACAGGUUCUAAACGAAAGGUGACUGCUACAGAUCUUGUAGGAUCAUCAUCCUCAGCCAACAAGAAACGAAGUGAAAUAAACCGAAAUGGACCAUCGCAUCAAGUCAGAGUCAAAGGCGAAGACUAUGAUGACAACACUGAUAACAAUGAUGGCAGUAAAGUAAUCAUUGCUCACAAACCACCCAAAGAAGAAACCGACGAAGACAUUGCAACCUUCAGCCAAGUCUUUUCAUCAGGUGAUGAAUGGCCUUUUGAAGGUGUAUGUGAACAAUUAUUCCUAGACGUGUUUGAUAACGCAUGGGAAAUCAGACAUGGAGCCGCUAUGGCGCUACGAGAUAUAAUCAAGAUCUCGGGUGCUGGAGCUGGUAUGAUAAUAGGUGUUGACAAGCAUCAAAAUCAGAAGAGACAUUUAAGAUGGCUUGAAGAUGCGAGCAUUAGAUUGUUGUGUGUGCUUGCUCUAGACAAGUUUGCAGAUUUUGUUGGAGAGCUGGUCGUGUUGCCUAUUGUAGAAACUGUAGCUCAGACGCUUGCUGCUCUUGUGCAGCUGUGUCAGCCUGAUUUGGCAAUCAAGAUUGUGGAGCGUGGGUUGAUUGUGUUGGCUGAUGGUAGUACUAGUGUGCCUGCGGAUGGGAAGGCACUUAGUAGUGAUUAUGAGAUGAAGAAGUGGCAGGUUCGACAUGCUGGAUUGAUUGGACUUAAAUAUUUGAUGGCGGUACGGCAGGAUUUGGUGGGAGAUUUGUUGAUUGAUAAGAGUACGAAUAGUCAGUCGAGGGUGUUUCGUGCCAUCUUGAAAGGGCUACGAGAUCAAGAAGAUGACGUACGAGCUGUAUCAUCGUCAACAUUACUUCCCAUCGCCACCACUUUAUUCCAACUAUUACCUCCAGCCAUCAUAUAUCAAAACAUUGUGUUGUCGCUAUGGGAUUCAUUGACGCAUCUAGAUGACAUAGCAGCAGCGACAGCUCCCAUAAUGGCGUUACUAGCUCGUCUGUUGUCUGAAAACGCUGUCAUGGAUGUAAUGCAAGAAUCCACGACUACCAAUCUGAGUGUCGUGACACCUCGACUUUAUCCUUUUUUCCGUCAUAAUAUUGCAUCUGUACGGAUUGCUGUAUUGAAUACUUUGAGUACUUUGGCUCAAACCCCGGAAAAGGGAGUAGGACGAGGGGAUGCAUCUUGGAUUUCGAUUGAUUUGAUGAGACUUGUGUUUCAGAAUUUUGUUUUGGAGACACAUUCUGAAGUUGUGGAAUUGAGUUAUGGUGUGUGGAGGCAGUUGAUUGUGUGCCUAAAGAACCAUCAUCUGCUUGUCAAGAUCUUGAUGCCGCUGGUACCGACGCUAUUGAGUAUAGCCAUGUCUCCAAUCGGAACGGCAUAUGAUUUACGUCUCCUGUUACUUCCAAAGGAAGACAUGAAUAGACAAAGACCAGGCAUCGUAUCAGAUCAAGAUAAAGCCAUAGCAAUGCAAGAUCUGACUGUUGCCCGAUACUCUGAUAUAUUAUAUGGUAAGAUCAAGGCCCUCAAAGCUUUAGGCAAUGUCAUCGAUGCUCUUGCAUGUGACGUUCCUGAAUCGCAUUUAUUGCUUCAAGAGCAUUUACCAGCUUAUGCAUCCAGUGGGAUGGCUGCACAUCGUAUAUAUACUUGUAUUAUGGUUGAAGAAUGGGCGUCAUUGUAUCAUAGUAGACAAGCCACCCGAGUUGGUGAAUCGACAAUACCGGUAGCAAGCAAUCUGCAUCAAAUCUUGUCGCAGCAUUUGGCUGUAGCUGAUUCUGGACAACAAGUAUUGUAUACAGAAGUUAUGACACUGUUAGAAGGUGUAUGGUCGGCUUGUGCAUCGAUAGGUGCUGGAAGUCGAUUGUUGCCACCUCUACCACCGUUGCCGAAUCGCCCUCCACUUGCUACACCAUCACCGCUAGGACCGAUAUUUACAACUUUGGUUGCUGCACAAUAUUUAGAACAGGCUUCUCGUCAGCCCUUGAAUCCUGCUCAGAUGGCAGCUCUAGCACCUCGAUUAGCAAAUGCUAAGCAGUUGAUUGAGGCAUGUCAAUCCCAAACUAGUGUCAUCGAUACUAGAGUAUUGGCUUGUGCUGCAGCUGCUGUGCUGGUAGUGAGUGCGUUACCAAGUAAAGUGAAUCCAAUAGUUAGGUCUCUAAUGUCGUCUGUCAAGACAGAAGCUGAAGAAUUGUUGCAGCAACAAUCAGGUUGUGCUGUUGCCAAUUUGAUUUCGUCUUGUCUUGGAAAUUCCAAAAGCGCUAAUGUCGCUGAUAGAGUGCUAAAGAAUCUAUUACUCAUGGUUGCGGUUGGUUUGGAUGUUGGGUUGCUUAGUCAAGUAGAUGAAAUUAUAUCCUUGAUGGUACUGGAAUCCCAAGCCGCUGUAGCUGAUUCUAAAAAGAAGAUUAAGAAAAAGAAUGCUGAUAUGCCUAUUGAUGGUGUUACUUCCAACAUUGUGAACGAUGCUACGGUUGAGAGUCUUGGUGAUACAGCUGAAUCUCUAUCGCGACGUGGAGCCGAAUAUGGAUUACGAGCAAUGUGUAAUGUAUUUGGGGCGAAUCUAUUCGAUGCUCUUCCACGUAUAUGGGAUACCAUGGCUCAACCAUUUGCAACUGCAAAUACAUCUAUCGACGCUAUAGCACGACUCGGUAACGAUGAAGAGUAUGCCAAGGAUGUGUUUAGAGCUAUCCGAACCAUGGGAGUUUUAAUUCCGUAUAUACACUCCGAGCUAAGAGGUCGAUUGUCGACUUUAUUGCCAUCUAUUGUGCAAACGUUGAGAUCACCAUUAGCUAAAGUGAGGCAUGCUGCUGCUACGUGUCUGUCUGCUGUGGCUUCUGUUAUGCCGCCUGUUGCUAUGAGGACAGUGGUCGAUGGUGUUUUGCCGUUGUUUGGGGAAGCACAGCAUGUUUCUAGUCGGCAGGGAGCUGUUGAAUGCGUCUUCUUCCUAAUUGACAAGCUCGAAAUCAAUCUUCUACCAUACAUUACCUUCUUAAUUGUCCCCACUCUUGGUCGAAUGUCUGAUCAAGAUGCAGGAGUGCGUCAUCUAGCUUCUCAGAGUUUCGCCCAGCUAGUGCGACUAAUCCCACUCGAAGCUGGAGUCCCUGAUCCAGAAGGGUUCCCACAAGACAUGAUACUGCAACGAAAUCAAGAACGACGAUUUGUCGCACAGCUUGUUGGAGCUGAGAAGGUUGAAGAGUAUCAGUUUCCUGAUGGGUUGGUGAUUAAAGCUGAUUUGAGACCGUAUCAGCGGGAAGGGGUUAGUUGGUUGGCGUUUUUGAGUCGGUUUGGACUUCAUGGGAUUUUAUGUGAUGAUAUGGGACUUGGCAAAACUCUUCAAACAAUAUGUGCUAUUGCAUCAGAGCAUUUCACAAGGCGGCAACGGUAUUCCAAGACGGGCUUACCAGCUGAUGCACAUUUAUCAAGUUUGGUAGUGUGCCCUCCGACUCUUACUGCUCAUUGGUUUUAUGAGAUUCAGCAAUUUGCGGAUUCUUUGAAGCCUAUUUUGUAUGUGGGGUCUUCGUCUGAACGCGCUAGGCUACGAGGACAACUACAACAACAUGAUAUAGUAAUCACGUCAUAUGAAGUCUUACGUAACGAUAUUGAAGAUCUGUCAUCUAUAUGGUGGAAUUACUGUGUAUUGGAUGAAGGCCACAUUAUUCGAAAUUCCAAGGCCAAAUUGACGCAGGCAGUUAAAAGAGUUCGUGCUCAGCAUCGUUUAAUCUUGUCUGGCACACCAAUUCAAAAUCGAGUAUUGGAGUUAUGGUCUCUUUUCGAUUUUUUGAUGCCUGGAUUCUUGGGUAGUGAGAGACGUUUCAAUGAAGUAUUCAGCAAACCGAUUCAAUCAUCUCGUGACGCCAAAUCAACGUCUCGAGAACAAGAAGCUGGUGCGCUUGCAUUAGCAUCACUGCAUCGACAAGUUUUGCCAUUCUUGCUUCGACGAAUGAAGGAGGAUGUGUUGCAUGAUUUGCCACCAAAGAUCAUUCAGGAUUACUACUGUGAAUUAUCACCAAUCCAAAAAAUGUUGUAUGAAGAGUUCUCUGGAACUCAAGCACGUGUAGAUGCUGAAUCUGAUUUGACUGAUGAUGCUACCAAAACCGGUAGUAAAGGUCAACAUGUGUUUCAAGCACUACAAUAUCUUCGUAAAUUGUGUGAUCAUCCUGCUUUGGUGUUGAGUCCAGAGCAUCCAAAGUAUAAUCUGGUUAUGAGCAAGUUGCAACAGGAAGGAUCGCAAUUGAGAGAAGUGAAACAUGCUCCCAAGUUGGAGAGCUUAAGGCAAAUAUUAUUGGAAUGCGGUAUCGGAGCUUCAUCGCCCACUACAGAAUCCAACGCUGCAUCCAACGAUACUGAAGCUGUAGCACCACAUCGUGCUCUCAUCUUUUGCCAAUUGAAAGCCAUGCUGGAUUUAAUUGAAGAAGAUGUCUUGCGUAAACUGAUGCCCACAGUCACUUAUCUUCGCAUGGAUGGAAGUGUCGAAGCGUCUAAACGACACGAGAUUGUGACUCGCUUCAACAAGGAUCCGUCUAUAGAUCUCUUACUUUUGACAACCCAUGUUGGAGGACUUGGACUGAAUCUUACUGGAGCUGAUACAGUGAUAUUUGUUGAACAUGAUUGGAAUCCGAUGAAGGAUUUGCAAGCCAUGGAUCGUGCACAUCGAAUUGGACAAAAGAGGGUCGUUAAUGUGUAUCGGUUGAUUACCAGGGGGACGCUAGAGGAGAAGAUUAUGGGCUUACAAAAGUUCAAGCUCAACAUUGCAUCAUCAGUUGUCAAUGAAGAGAAUGUCGGGAUACGAUCUAUUGGUGAAGGAGAACAAGUUCUUGAUUUGUUCAAGGUUGAUUCUGGAGAUGGUGGUAGUGGAGCAGGAGGAAAAGGAAAGGGUACUACUACGAGUAAAGAAGUACUCGAGAACUUGCAAGAGUUGUGGAAGGAGAGUGAUUAUGAUGAUUUGGAUGUUGGAUCGUUCUUGAAGGGCCUCAAAUAG